AUGGCAGCCAGGAAUGAGAUGCAGUUUGAAAAGUUAAUUGAUGAAGCUACAAGGAAAAAAGACUUCCAAUUAUUAGAACAAUUUCUGGCAACAGAAGACUGUGAGAAUGUCUCUCACAAAUGCAGCAAACAGUUUGUCAACAAAUUAGACAAGCUUCUGUGUCAGGAACUUGACAAGGAAGAAGUCAAAAGCGUUUCCACUUUACUAAAUUAUAUUCAGAAAUUUGGGGAAAAAAUCAGCAUAGCAGGAGAAGAUGGGCUCCCAGCCCUGAUGAAAUAUGGCCUUAUUGGAAGGAUGGUUAAUUGGUUUGAAAAGGUGAAAGGAAUUUUUAUCCUCAAAGGAAAUGAGAAGAGUGAAAUGCUUACAAAUCUGGCUGAGGAUUUCUUCAACGUGUUGCUGGCUGUAUGUGAUAGCAGACCUGAAGGUAAAACAGAAAUACUAGAAAACUUUGUUCUGAGAACAUGUACCCUCAUCGCUGAUGUAAGAAUUAGUAUUUAUGUUCAGCACGAGGUAGUAAGAAAACUUAAUUUAAUGCUUGACAACACGCCUCGAGAUGCCAAGAAAAAGAUCUUUUCUACAAAGGAAAUGUUGCUUGCCAUGAGUGACAUGGGGAGGAGAAUUUUGGAUGCUGGAGACUAUGACCUGCAGGUAGCCAUCACAGAAGCUUUAUGCAGAAUGGUGUCAGAGAAACAAAGAGGAGAACUGGCAAGCCAGUGGUUUUCCAUGGAGUUUGUGUCAAAUGCAUUUAAAGGAAUUAAAGAUUCUGAGUUUGAAACAGAUUGCAGAAAAUUUCUUAACCAGGUCAAUGGCAUGCUUGGAGACAAAAGAAGGGUUUUUACAUACCCAUGUUUAUCAGCAGCUCUUGAUAAAUAUGAGCUACAGAUACCAUUGGAUGAAAACCUUGAAGAAUUUUGGAUUGAUUUCAAUGUUGGUAGCAGAAGUAUAUCUUUCUAUGUGGCAGCAGAUGAUGCAGAUCAUCAGUGGGAAACAGUCAUUAUACCAGAAGAAGGCGUAGACCUAUACAGCCUUGAAGAAAAAGAUUCAAAAACAUUAUUAACAAUAGAUCUAAAAAGCCCAAUGAAUGUGGGUAAUCAAGAAGGAGAGAAAUUUUUUUUAUAUUUUGAUUCUAUCUUGGAAAUCAGAGAUGUAGCCAGAAAGAUCUAUGGAUCUAGUAAACAUAAGGUUCUGGUACCAGAAAGUCAGUUGUCACCACGUUUGGAAGCAAAAUCUAAAGAAGAGGAGAAACUCAGUAAGUGUGAAGCCCAGCAACUUCCUGGAACUUCGAUGACUCUGGAUAAAAAUAACAAUCAAGAAAAAUGCAGAGAUAGUUCCUCCAAGUCAACUACAUCUUGUAAAAGGAAAGUAUCUGAAGCAUCUGUGCUUAUUCCUGCAAUGACAAGAUUUUCCACAAGGAGUCCACUGGUAUUUGUUAGCACAGCCACUCCUUAUAAAGGACGAUUUAAAUUACCUUUGGAAAUGAUGAGCUCUGUUGAAAGGCCUAACAAUAAUGAAAUAAAUGAGACCAAAACAAAGAAUUUACAUCAGGAACCUACUGGAAGUAGGCAAACCUGUGCACUAGACAACGAAUUUUGUGAAACAGAACAGAAGAUCAGGAAGACAAAUACUGGAACUGGGGCAAAACUAUGUGAAAAGCGAAUGUGUGCUGAGGAAGUCUUAGACAUGGUACAAGAGCUAGAAAUUGAGGUCACACAAAAGCAGACUUUAGAUGAAGCAUUAGAUAUUGUUCCUGAUUCUCAGCCAGCAGGAAGAAGCAACAAGCCUGUGCUAUCUGAUAUUUUGGAGAGUUCUUUGGAUAAAAGCAAAACAUGGAAGAAAAGAGCAUGCUCAGUUCCUGAGAAGAAUAUAACAAUUGGUGACAGGCAAAAGCUAAAUCCACCAUUGGCCCGUUCAUCCCAUUCAGGUAGAGCAUCUGAAAUGUCUCUGCAUUUGGGUUUUGCAAAAGAGGAACCUGAUGUUCUCUUUAGAAAAGAUGCUGCAAACCCAAGCCAGUCAAAAACCAAAACAAAGUCUAAAGAAGUGACAGAUGCAACAAAAUCACUAAUUAGUAAAAUCAGUGACAGAUAUACAGUCAAGACUGAUGAUACAAGCAAAGCAAGAAACUCCUUGGGUUUUAACAGGCCACACUCAAAGAAAUCCUGUGUCUCUAAGGAAGUUCAGGAUAGAAAACUGAGAACCAGUUCUGUUCUUAAUAUAACUGCUGGUCAUACUAUGGAUGAUGUCUACAACUUUACCAUCAGUGGGUUUGAUGAGCCUACCAUAAAGCUUGGGACUAGAAACAAUAAAAACAGGAAACAUCUCUUUAGUGACACAGACACAGAAUACAGAGGUGAUGGCAGCAAGACAGACAUUAGUUGGCUACAAGAAUCAAAUAGAAAAUCUAAAGCCCAGUUAAUUGAUUACAGUAGAAAUAAAAACUCAAGGAAACUGAUAAUCACAGACAAAACAGCAGAUAAACUCUCUGAACCUGCUGGCCACCUGGAUAAACCUAAAGGCAAAAAGGCAAAUAAGAAAAAGAUUAAAAAAUGUGAAAAACAGAAUUCCAGAACUGAUGAAACGAUUGAGCCAACCACCAGAAAAAGACUGCCUCGGAGAGCAGCACCUGCAAAAAAUUACAAAGAGCUUUCCAGUUCUGAGUCAGAGAGUGAAAGGAAAUCUUCACCAUGCACUUCUAAGGAAGAGAAAUCAAAAAUACAGAGCUUAUAUAUGAGUGGGGAAAACAAGAAUGAUAAUCAGCCAAAGCAACUCCAGAAUACUAUAUCUGUGGAGCCAAAGAGAAUAGCUAACUAUAUACAUAAAUUAUCUAUUAAAUCAAAGAACUCUGCAGAAGAGAAGGAAAUUGAAAUGCCUUCACCUGAGAGUCCUGCAUCUCCUGAGAUGAUGAGAUGUGCUGAAAGAAUGUCCGGAGAAGCUAUUACUGAAGAACAUGCUUCUAGCGAAACAUCAGCUGGUCUGCAGGAGUCAACACUAGAAAAAGGAGAAAUGUUAAACUUUGAGAAUGGAAUCUCUCCCAAUAAUUUCUGUCCACAAGAAAAGAUUAUUCAAACUACAUGUCUGGAUCAGACCUCUGAGACAACUAUUAAAAAAUUAACCUUUGGAAAUAAAAGUUUCUCCCCGGUUUUAACUGAAGCAUCUUUGGUAAGAAUAUUGAAGUUAUCAACAUACCAAACUGUCAGUGGAAAACACACAAAAGGAGCUGCAUCUGAAACAUGUGAUAAUAAAGAAGAUUCAAGUUUCAGACAUUGCUUUUCAGAAACACUUGCUAUUAAAGGAAAACUACAGGAUGUCACUAAACACAUUACCAAAAGUAAAGAAGAGGACUGUCUACCACCAUCUCCAUUUUCUGCUUCCAGUGGAAGUAAAGCACAGUCUUCGAGUGAAGAACCUUAUGUGCCCUCCAUACAUGAGUCAGGACCGAUUAUACAGAUGUUUUUCAAACGAAGGUACCCCAGUGAUACAGAAAGCAAUUCUGAUGAAGUAGAAACAAGGAAAGAAGAGGAAAAGAAAGGAAAAAGGAGAACAAAGUUACAGCCCAAAAAAUUAUUUAAAACAGAUGAUGCUGUUACUCACAGAGUGUCUGAAAGCACGUCUCAUGCGUCUGUAAAUGAUCUGACUGGUUUGGAUGAGGAAAUCUCGGAACCUGGUUGUUCAACUCUCAGUAUAUGUCAGAAGCUCCAAAAGGAAUUUACUAAGAAAAUUGAGAGCCGCUCACGGAAAAUGGAUCAUUUUUCUAAGCAAUCAGUAAGAGCUGCCCACGAGCAUUUGAUAAAAAUGAGUUACCAGCUUCGUGAAUGCAGGAUCAGGCAGCUGGACAAAUUUCAUUUUACUCUCCUUGAGGAAAUUGAGAACUUCGAAAAAGAUUCUCAGUCCCUGAAAAACAUGGAAAAAGAGUUCUUGGUCUUUUGGAAAAAACAUACACAUACUUUUAGUACAUACAUGAAAAAUGAGCAGCAGAGAAUUCAGAUUCUUAAAACUUCAUAUGAAAAGAACAUCUAUCAUACUGUUGACUAUGAAGAAAAUAUUUUUACGUCAGAGAUGCGUCUGAUGAAAGAAGACUUAAAAGGACUCCAAGAGAAACUUCUUAAAGAGAUGCAAGAAGAGGAGCUGGGUAAUGUUCGCAGAGGACUGCAGGCCUUGUUCAAUCAGAAGACAGAAUUCUGA